AUGGAGAGACCAGCCCCCGCGGGACCACCUGGCCACCCUCACCAGGAAGAGAGCUCUGCCUGUUGCCGUCUCACCGUGAGGGUGCUGGGGGCCCGGAAUCUGCGCCGGGCAGACCUGCUGAGCGAGGCAGACCCAUAUGUGACCAUACAGCUGCCCACGGCCCCGGGAACGAAGUUUAAGACCAAGACAAUCACCGACUGCAGUCAUCCAGUUUGGGACGAGGCCUUCAGCUUCCUGAUCCAGACUCACGUCAAGAAUGUUCUGGAACUGACAGUCUAUGACGAGGACUCAGUCACGGAGGAUGACGUCUGCCUCCAUUUCCUCUAUGACCUGUCAGAAGUGCUCCCUGGCAGGCUGCUCCGGAAAACCUUCUCCCAGGUGCCUGAGGGACAGGAGGAACUGGAUGUGGAAUUUCUGAUGGAAACCACGUCGGACCACCCGGAAAGCCUCAUCACCAACGGUGUCCUUGUGGCCCGAGAACUCUCCUGCCUGGAUGUCCGUCUGCAGAGCUCGGGGGGCGCGGCCGUGGGGGCAGACCAAGGUAAGCUGCAGCUGGAGUUGGAGCUGAAGGGGUCCUACGAGGACACACAGACUUCGGCGCUGGGCACAGCCUCUGCCUUGCGCUUCCAUCACCUGGCAGCCCAGGAGACAGAGCUGAGUGCGCACCUGAAGAGCUCCAAACGAAGUGUCUGGAACUCCGACAACUCAGCAGGGAACGUCACAGUGCCCCUUAGCUUCUUGGCCAGGGAGAAGGAAGUGACCGUUGCCAUUCCUACUACAAAUGGCUCAGGGGUGAACAUGCAGCUCAAGGCCGAGAGCUGCCCUAAGGAGCUGGCUGUGCACCUGGGCUUCGAUCUAUGUGCCGAGGAACAGGCUUUCUUGAGCAGACGGAAGCAGGUGGUGGCCAAGGCUUUGAAGCGGGUUCUGCAGCUGGACAGAGACCUGCAGGAGGAUGAGGUCCCUGUCGUGGGCAUUGCAGCCACAGGGGGUGGCGCCCGGGCCAUGACCUCGCUCUAUGGCCACGUGUUGGCCCUGCAGAAACUCGGCCUCCUGGACUGUGUGACCUACUUCAGCGGCACCUCAGGCUCUACGUGGACAAUGGCCCACCUGUAUGCAAACUCUGAGUGGUCACAAAGUGACCUUGAGGGACCCAUCAGACAUACCCGGGAGCACCUGGCCAAGAGCAAGCUAAAGACCUUCUCCCUCGAGCUCUUGGCAAAGUACCGACGGGAGCUGGAGCAAAGAACAGAACAAGGCCAGUCCUCCACCUUCGUGGACCUCUGGGCCCUGAUGCUGGAGCAUAUGUUGCACGGCCAGGUGGUAGAUCAGAAGCUGUCAGAUCAGAGGGCAGCCCUGGCACAAGGCCAGAACCCUCUGCCCCUCUACUCCAGCCUCAACGUCAAAGACAACAAGCAGGAGACCCUCGACUUCAAGGAGUGGGUGGAGUUCUCCCCCUAUGAGGUGGGGUUCCUGAAGUAUGGGGCCUUUGUCCCUCCUGAGCUCUUCGGCUCUGAGUUCUUCAUGGGGCGUCUGAUGAAGAGGCGGCCCGAGUCCCGCAUCUGCUUCCUGGAAGGAAUCUGGAGCAACAUCUACUCCCUGAACUUGCUGGACGUCUGGUACAACAUCACCAGCUCGGGGGAAGCCUGGAAGCAGCACAUCAAGGCCAAGAUCAGGAAACUCGGUAGGGAGAGGGUGGCCUCGUCGGGGGCCUCCUCGUGGCUGGGGGCCUCGUGGCUGCAGCCCAGCUCGGCCCUGGCACAGGCGCUGAGGGGCUUCCUGACCGACCGGCCGCUGCAUCAUCAAGGAUCCAACUUCCUUCGUGGCCUGCAGAUGCACCGAGACUACCUCAGCCAGAAGCACUUCUCCACAUGGGCAGACAGCUCUCUGGACUGCACGCCCAGCCAGCUGACCCCACAGGAGCCCCUGCUGUGCCUGGUGGACGCCAGCUACUUCAUCAACACCAGCUGCCUGUCGCUGUUCCGGCCAGGCCGCAAACUGGACCUCAUCCUCUCCUUCGACUACUGCCUGGACUCACCCUUUGAGGCGCUGGAGCAGACAGAGCAGUACUGCCGUGCCCAAGGGCUGCCCUUUCCCCGCGUGGAGCCCAGCCCCCAGGAGCGGCAGAACCCAAGACCGUGCCACCUCUUCUUGGACCCCACCUGCCCUGAUGCUCCUGUCGUGCUGCACUUCCCACUGGUCAAUGCUGCCCAAGAGGCCUCCUCCUUGGCCACUGGUGGCGCUCACAGCUCCGCAGAGCUCCCUGCUGGUCAGGUGAAUCUCACCGGAGUGGGCUCACCCUACGCCCUGUUCAACAUGACCUACAAGGAGGAAGACUUUGACCGUCUGCUGCAGCUCAGUGAACACAACGUACGGAGCAGCCAAGCCUCCCUCCUGCAGGUCUUGAGGAUGGUUCUGGAGCGCCAGACCAGGGCCCCACUGGUGCAAACUUGA